AUGGCGCCUCCAAAGUCUCAACCUGCCGACAAAAUGAAGCAGAAGAGUCUGAUGUCUUUCUUUGGCAAACAGUCUGCAAAGUCGUCCGCCACGCUCGACGCGGCGUCCAAGGCCAGGGCCAAGAUUCCAGCACGCGUGCAUGACACAGCACCAUCAUCCGACCCUCCCAUUCCAGAGGUCCGCACGCCAAUGUCCAAAAGCACUUCGCGCUCAUCAGGUGUUAUGAGCGCGACUUACACGAGGAGUUCUGAUGGUGCACUCAGCGCCAAGGAGACACCACCGACCAGUGACCCUGUUGACGUUGAUAUGUUGUCUGAUGAGGAGGACGACGUGAGUCAAAAGAGUGUAGAGAAAUCGACAACGACACGUCAAAAACGUAAGAUGGUCAUUGAUGACUCUGACGAGGAAGGGGGUAAUAUCGACGCCGAUGCAUACAAGAAGGGUCUAUCUGCGCGAAAGGCUUCCCCAGAGCCUGCAAAGAAGAACGUGUCUAAUCGCGCGAAGAAGCUGCGCGUAUCUGUGAUGUUUUCGGACGAAGAGGAACAGGUUAAAGAGGAUGGCGGGGAUGCCCCCGGAAUUAGUCUGUUCACACAACGUCUCACGAAGUACCAGAAGUCGCCAACCAAGAUAACUCGGAAAACAACUAGUGACGACGACGACUUCAUUGUUCCCGAUGAUAUUGACGAAGAGUCAGACGACGGCGGAGAUGUUCCACGCUCAUCUUCACGUGCUUCAGCUUCUUCAUCUUCGCGUCCUUCGUCCCGCCUCUCCGCCUACGCCCACUCUUCCGCUGCCUCUGAGGCGGAGGGUGACAACGACACGUCCGCGCAGCCUAAGCCAAAGAAGAAGGCCGCUGAACGUCUGCCUCUCAAGAAGGGCGGCGGCUCAGAAGGCGGAGUAGGCAGUGACAGUUUCUUGACGGCGGCGGAACGACGCGCGCAGCAGCAGAAGGCGGAGAAGAAGAGUACUGAAGACCCGUUCGCCUUUCUCGCGGACGUCAAAGACAAGGACGGUGUGCGCCCAGGCCAGCCGGGGUACGACCCGCGCACACUGCAUAUCCCGGAGAAAGCGUGGAACAGGUUCACCCCGUUCGAGAAACAGUUCUGGGAGAUCAAGCAGAAUCAUUUUGAUACCAUUUUGUUCUUCCAGAAAGGCAAGUUCUUGGAGUUAUACGAGGAAGACGCGCGCAUUGGUCAUCGGGAGUUCGAUUUGAAACUGACGCAGCGUGUGAAGAUGAGCAUGGUCGGUGUUCCGGAAAUGUCAUUCAACUUCUGGGCAGCGAAGUUCCUCGCGAAAGGUUACAAGGUCGGCCGAGUGGACCAGGCAGAGACCGCUCUGGGAGCGGAGAUGCGUCUUGCAGCCGACAAGAAGACCGGAAAAGGACGCGCUGGCGCGGAGGACAAGGGCAAGGACAAAAUCGUGCGGCGCGAGCUCAACAAAGUCUACACCAACGGCACGCUUGUCGACCCGGAGCUGCUCACGGACGAGCAGGCGGGACAUUGUGUUUCGAUCCGCGAGGAGGAGAGCGAAGGCAAGGACGGCAAGCAGACGUUUGGAAUAUGCGUGCUUGAUAGCGCCACGAGCGAGUUCAAUUUGAGCUCGUUCGAAGAUGAUAUCUGCAGGACAAAGCUCGAGACUAUGAUGAGGCAGCUGCGUCCGAAGGAAAUCAUGUUCACGAAGGGAAACCUUUCAGUCUCGACCACGCGUCUGCUAAAGGCCAUCCUUCCUGGAAGUUGCCUCUGGACAAGCUUGCGCGAGAGCGAAGGACUUACUUAUGAGAAGACUCUGAAGGAGCUCAAGAAGCUGUAUCCUGCUACGGACGAGGAUGACGAUAUGGACGACUCUGGGUUCGGUUUGAGCAGUACAGUUCCGCAGGCUAUUAUGGAGAUGCUCGGGUGCAACAGUGCAAUCGAGGCCUUGGGUUCGAUGAUCUGGUACUUGCACACAUUGAACAUCGACAAGGACAUACUGGGCAUGAAGAACUUUAAUGUUUACGACCCCAUGAAACGAGGUCAAGGUCUUGUGCUUGAUGGUCAGACUUUAGCGCACAUCGAGGUAUUGCUCAACAGCGAAGGUACCGAGGAUGGAUCGUUGUUGAAACUCCUUGGGAGGUGCAUCACUCCUUCCGGGAAACGCUUGUUCCGCAUCUGGCUUUGUAUGCCGUUGCGCGAGAAUGCGGAUAUUAACGCUCGACUCGACGCAGUCGAGGACCUCAUGGAGCAUCUAACGUUCGAGGCCGAGUUCACCUCUAUCGCGAAAGGAUUGCCAGAUCUCGAACGCAUUGUCUCACGUAUACAUGCCAAGAGUUGCAAAGUAAAAGACUUCAUAAAAGUUCUUACCUCUUUCAAAACACUGAGUGACGGAUUGGCAAGGCUUGCUGAUACUGCUGCGUCCUUCAACUCAAAGACCGUCCUCGGCUUGCUGCGCUCUGCACCAAACUUGCAGCCGAACAUCAAGCACGUGAAGGCAAUGUUCAAAAAGACCGAGGAAAAUGCUGACGAGCUCGUCCCCGAGGACGGUAAAGACGAGACCUACGACGAGAUCAUGGAGGAAAUUACCUCACUAGAAGAAGAGCUUGCAGAUGAACUCAAGAGGCUUGAGAGCAAAGUCGGGACGAGGCUCACUUACUGGCACAGUGCUACAGGUACCAAGGACAUUUAUUUGGUUCAAACCAAACCUAAGCAACCAGGUCUGCCGAAAGAUUGGAUCAGGAGCGGGGGCACAAAGGCUGCUGAGCGCUGGAGCGUCCCUUCGCUAGCUCCAACAAUCCGUAAACUAAAAGAAGCACGCGAGAAUCGCAACAGCGCGAUCAAGGGAUUCAAGAACCGGCUCUUUGCAGAAUUUGACGUGGACCGCAGCGUGUGGCUGCGCGCAAUCCGCGUGCUCGCUGAGUUGGAUUGCUUGUUCAGUCUCGCGAAGUCGUCAGCCGCGCUUGGUGAGCCCGCGUGCAGGCCUGAGCUCGUUGAAGGUGACGCUGCGUGGAUAGAGUUCGAGGAGCUAAGGCACCCGGCACUGUGUGUCAGCUCGAGUUUGAAGGGCGACUUCAUUCCUAAUGAUGUCAAGCUUGGAGGAGACGUGGGGAGGAUUGCUUUACUAACUGGGCCCAACAUGGGAGGAAAAUCAACAGCGAUGCGCAUGACUGCUACCGGUGUGAUUAUGGCUCAGCUUGGCAUGCUCGUUCCCGCGAAGAAAGCACGAUUGUGCGCUGUAGAUUCGAUCUUGACCCGGAUGGGCGCUUACGACGCCAUGUUCUCCAACGCUAGUACUUUCAAGGUUGAAUUGGAUGAAUGCUGCAAGAUUCUCCGCGACGCCACGCCGAAAUCGUUGGUCAUUCUAGAUGAACUGGGCAGAGGUACCUCAACAUACGACGGCAUGGCUAUAGCUGGAGCUGUGCUGCACCAACUUGCUACACACACACUCGCACUUUCGUUCUUCGCGACGCACUACGGAUCGUUGACUGACGACUUCUCGUACCACCCCAACAUCCGAAACAUGCACAUGGAAACAAUGGUCGAUGACGAGAAGCGGGAGCUGGUAUUCCUUUACAAACUCGUCAAAGGCGUUGCGUCCUCGUCUUUCGGAACUCACGUCGCAAGUCUUGCUGGCGUACCCGAGGAGGUCGUGAAACGUGCCGACGUGGUGUCCAAGGACUUUGCCAUGCAGUUCAAGGAGAAAAUCGAGGGGAAGAAGAACCAAGCGGCGGGAAGGCUGCCACUGGUUGCCCAGGCCGACUUCGCGUACCUUUACAAGCUGGCGACGGGCAAGUGCGAGAUGUCUGAGGACAAGGUGAGACAGCGCGAGGUGCUGAAGGGCCUCAAGGCUGCUGUGAUUCGCUGCUUGCAAAGUGUGGGAGCUUAA